UAUAACUUUAUUUUGGUGUAAUACAUAACGAUACAUAUAAUUCAGUGUGAAACUUGGGUGUCCAUAUUUUCAGCUAAUUUCCUAUAAUUGGGGAUAUAUUUAGAGUUCCCGGUCCUUGAACAAUUAUCUAAAUGUGAGUCAUUAAGCUUUGUUCGGUAUUGAAAGAAAAUAAUUAUUAUUAUAGUGUAUUGUAGUUGUCUUAGCGCUGGUGGACAAUUAUUUGUGUAUUUAUUAUUAUAUAAUUACAAUGUACACUAACAAUUAAGCUACCUACUAUAGUUGUAGUGCCUCUUGUUUCUCUUCCACAAUUGUUCGUGUUAUCGGCUGGUAGAAGCUGCACCGCAUCAAUAUCUAAGCCACAGAGUAAACUAAUUUGAUAGCUACGUAGAGACAUUCGUCAUUAAAUAUUUUCUAAUUAAACGAAUUUAUGAAAAAUGUAUUAGAAGAAUGAAAGCUAUACUAAACAGUUCUGCACUAACUAAAUGGUUGGCGCGUAUAUUGCGUGCGCCCGACAAAGUGUGAAUCGAUUAGCGCAUUUGUGUGAACAAUUAAGUAAAUAAAACCAAUAGUAAAAAAAAUGCCAUAAAAAUUACCUACUUAAUGUACUGUACACAUGACCACGUCAAACCAGGCUAUAAAAGUAGCACUACCUGCUACUUCGUGUUAUGGUUUACCCACUGAAGUAUAUGGGCUCUAUUAAUAAACAUGAUAACAGAUCAUCAUAUUACUAUAAGAGUAUAUAUUUUACACGUUUAACAUGAAAUUAAAUGCUCAUCUCGACAUUAGUGAAAAAAAUCUUCACAGUAGUCUGGGUUGACAGCAGUGGAAGUGCCACAAUAGAUCUAAUCUGUUUCAGGUAAUAUAUUAUUAUUGUUUAAAUUUUACUAAGUAGGUACCAUAAUAAGAUAAAAGCAUAUUAUUGUUAAUACAUAUAAAUAGAAAUUUUUAUUUCUUAACUUUAUUAACUUCUGACAAAAUAUUUUAUAUUUACUUCAAUUUAUGACUUCAUAUAUUGCAUUCGUGGUGCAGGUGAUAGCAACGGCGGAUCCAGGGGGGGUCAUGGGGGUCAUGACCCCCCCCCAGAGCUAGUUCCAGGACUUGAACUAACUUGGACUAAUUGAAGAACAUCAUGAUUUAUUUAUUAUCUAUUGUUAUCAAAAUUAAAUUAUAAGUUCUUAACUUGCCCACGAUUAUGUGACACCCUCCUGGCGCCAAAGCUGGAUCCGCCCUUGUAUAUUAGGUGUAUUAUUUAUGGGCCGCAACAUAGUUUGUGAUUUACUUCUACGCGAAAUAACUGAAAAAUAGAUUCUUUAUGUACCUACAUAGUUAAUUAUCUGUGUCUAGUUAGGUAGAAUGAUGGUUGGGGACUUUUUUGCGGGAACGCCAGGAGUGGUGUUGUGUGAUUUCUUUUAUUUUGUCUAAUUAGUGUUUCUUCAGGUUUAAAUGUGUAAUAACGGUGGUUUAUUAACUAUUUAGUAUCUGUGAAAGUGCACAAAUGUAGGAAAAUGAAACAAAGCCGCUGAACGUAACUUCUCGGGAUCUUCCAAAAAGUCUCAGUAAAUACUACUAUACUUCAUCCCAUAUCAUCUCAUCUCAUUUCAUUUAAUUCGUUUUCAUUUCAUUUUAUGCCAUAUUUCAUAAUAAUCAACUUCAUUUCAUUUCAUAAUAUCAUUUUUCAUAUAAAAAAGUUCUCAUUUAAAUUAAAUUAAGACUUGACCUAAAGGUCUUAGUUACCAGGUCAUAAAAUCCCUUAAAAAAAUGAUAGUUGACAACUGGCUGUUGUCAGUUGAUUUGAGUUGAUUUGACAGUGAAACACAUUUGACGUUUAUCAAUUCAUCUCUGGAUUUUGGAAGUGGUUCGGUUUUACCGCUGAUAUUUAAUUUUACGUUAAACAGGCUUGAUAACGAAACGCGAUGACGUGUGAAUGGCCGUAAGUGAAAGUAAAUUUUAGUGGUAGGAGCAAUACGCGUAGGCCUUCAAUAUUAGUUCUGUAUUUGUGUAGUUGCAGUCUGUCGCGCUCAGUGGUCACGUUCACUCGGAUCCCUCAGUUUUAUUUACGAUGUGUGGAAUAUUUGCGUACAUUAACCAUUUAACACCUAAGACCCGGCGUGAAAUUUUAGAACUACUUGUCAAUGGACUUAAACGUUUAGAAUACCGCGGUUAUGAUUCAGCCGGUGUAGCUGUGGAUUCCGCGGAUCAGAAAGACAUAGCUGUUGUUAAGCGAAGCGGUAAGGUAGCCGCAUUAGAAGAAUUGCUGCAGGAACGUAGUAUUGAACUAUCAGUUGAAGAAUGUGUGGACUCUCAUUGUGGAAUAGCUCACACUCGUUGGGCAACUCAUGGGGAACCAAGUGCUGUUAAUUCUCAUCCACAACGGUCUGGCGAGGACAAUGCUUUUGUUGUUAUUCAUAACGGUAUCAUUACAAACUACAAGGAAGUCAAGACUUUUCUUGAGAACAAAGGCUACAUAUUUGAAUCACAAACAGAUACUGAAGCAAUUGCUAAGCUGAUUCAUCAUAUUUAUAAUCAGCACAAAGAAAGCAGCUUCCAAGAAUUAGUUGAACAGGUAAUUCAACAACUUGAAGGAGCUUUUGCUUUAUGUUUUAAGUCACGCUACUUUCCUAAUGAGUGUGUUGCGACCCGCCGUGGAAGUCCCUUGCUUGUUGGAAUUAAGACACCUCGUAGGUUGUCCAGUAACCAUGUUCCAAUUAUGUACACCAACAAUAAAGCUACUAGAGGUGUAGUGCCUCCUGUUCCUAGAGUCAAUAGUCAUGCUCACUUUGAGCCAGAGGAAGAAAGAGAUGUUGAAUAUUUCUUUGCUUCUGAUGCAUCUGCUGUUAUUGAACAUACAAAUAGAGUACUUUACUUUGAAGAUGAUGAUGUCGCUCAUAUCAAGGAUGGUGUCCUUAGUAUUCACCGAAUGUCCGGUAGCAGCAAUGAUCCCCAUGAAAGAGAAAUUUUUACUUUGAAGUUGGAACUUCAACAGAUUAUGAAGGGAAAUUAUGAAUAUUUCAUGCAAAAAGAAAUAUUUGAACAGCCAGAGUCCAUUGUAAAUACAAUGAGGGGCAGAUUAAACUUUGCAAAUGGUACUGUUACUUUAGGAGGUAUUAAAGAUUAUAUUCCUGAAAUUAAGCGCUGUCGAAGACUUAUGUUAAUAGGAUGUGGUACAAGUUACCACAGUGCUGUAGCUACCCGACAGCUUUUGGAAGAAUUAACGGAGCUACCAGUUAUGGUGGAGUUAGCUUCUGAUUUUCUAGAUAGAAACACCCCUGUUUUCAGAGAUGAUGUAUGUUUCUUUAUCUCUCAGUCUGGUGAAACUGCAGACACACUUAUGGCUCUCCGAUACUGUAAACGCCAUGGUGCCCUUAUUGUUGGAAUAACAAAUACUGUUGGAAGUUCAAUAUGCCGUGAAUCACAUUGUGGUGUUCAUAUCAAUGCUGGUCCUGAGAUUGGUGUUGCUUCUACUAAGGCAUACACUUCUCAGUUUGUUUCAUUGGUCAUGUUUGCUUUAGUGAUCAGUGAAGAUAGAAUUUCACUACAAAAAAGACGUGCUGACAUUAUAGAAGGUUUACAUGAGUUGGAUUCAAAAAUUCGCCAGGUUCUUGCCUUAGAUGAAGAAGUCAAAGCUUUGGCACAAGAUCUUUACCGACAAAGAUCACUCUUAAUAAUGGGCCGAGGUUACAACUUUGCUACAUGCCUAGAAGGUGCACUCAAAGUUAAAGAACUAACCUACAUGCACAGCGAAGGAAUUAUGGCAGGUGAAUUGAAACAUGGGCCUCUAGCACUCAUAGAUGAUUCAAUGCCUGUUAUGAUGAUAGUGAUGCGUGACCCAGUUUACAUAAAAUGCAUGAAUGCUCUACAACAAGUAACAGCACGUCAAGGUCGUCCAAUAGUAGUCUGUGAGGAGGGUGACACAGAAACAAUGGCACUCGCAUCACAAAGUCUCCAAGUGCCUAAAACAGUUGAUUGUUUACAAGGUGUCCUAACAGUUAUUCCUAUGCAGCUUCUGGCCUACCACAUUGCUGUUUUGCGUGAUUGCAAUGUUGACUGCCCGCGCAAUCUCGCAAAAUCCGUUACAGUGGAAUAAGGUUAUUAUAUCUUUGUAGAUAAACUUAUACUCAGUGGUGUACAUUGAGAAAGGCCUAUGUCCAGCAGUGGAUAACUGUGGACUGAUGAUAAUCAAAGUUAUACUCAUUAGUAUAAACUUAAAAUUUGAAAAUACCAAACUUUCAAUGAUAAUUUGUAUGAAAAGGUACAUGGUUUGUACACACAUGUUUUCAAUAUUGAGUUAAAUAUUCAAAAUUCAAACAAUUCAGUCUUAGUUUAUUAAUUUUCAUUCAGAAAUGCAAUAAGCAGAACUGUUAACUUUUGAUUAAACGUUUUAGUACCUUUCCUAUUACUUUUAACUUUAGGGAACCAUUUAGUGUAUUUUCAGGAAUGAGUCCCAAACUACAUUUAUUUCUUAACCUUUAAAGAAACAUUCCUAAUGAUAAUUUUUAUACUUCUUCUUUAACAUUCCGUGAAUUGUGAAUUCAACGCAAAUUUGUUGCUAUCAAGGCCAUAUUCCCUUUAUUUUUGUGAUGUUAUGCGGCCCCGCCCAUUCACUUAGUGUUCAAACAUAAAUAAAGAAUGAAACAAAUAUUAGAGUAAUUUCAAAAACGGGAAUUAAUUUAGCAAUUUUAUUUGGUGCAGUCUAUAUUUUUCUUAAAUUUUACUGUUAACCUUAUAAUGACAAAGUACUAAGUUAAAUCAUAUAUUAACAAUAAAAUGUUCUUCAAAUACCUAUUAAUUAUUUAAGUAAUCGAAUAAAUAUAUUAGUAACAACCUUAAGAAAUCAGAAUUAAUAGGGCCUAGUUCAUUAGUACUUUCUGUUAUCGUUGAUACCUACGUCGAUAUCGUAAUUGAACACAAAUUAAAAAAAUAACCUUGUUUAAAAUCACCGACCGAUCUGAUAAGUAAUUUGCGGAAAACGUUUAUCUAUAUCAGCUUGUUUAUGGCAAUAACUUAAAAAUGAAAUCUUCGCAGAAAUCACUUUUAUUAAUGUAAUCUAAAAGCAGAUUAGUUACAUGAAAAAAAAAUUACCUGACAUCACAGUAUGUAAAGAGAUUCGAUAAAUAUAACUGAUUGAAAUUUGAAAGAUUAUAUAUUUUUAGAUUUUUAUAAAAAAUUGAAGUGUUUGUUGUGUAAAUAAUUAUUGUGGAAUUUUAUUACUUAAUACUUAAAAUUAAUGCUCUUUAAUAUGAAUAUUAAUUCGUAUGCUCAGUAUGUAAAUUCAAGCGGCAGAACAUUAAAUAUAACUUAAUUUCAAAGUAGUAUAACUGCAUAUUGCGUUAUCACAUUGGGCAACGACAGGCUGGGUCAUUAAAGAAAUUUUUAUUCAAGUCUAAUAUCGUGAUGUCUGUUUAAAAUCUGAAUAAUUUUGUACAUAGCGCCGCCAAUUAUUUUGAAUAAUCAAGUUCAUGCGUUAAGGUAGUAAUUUUUGUGUAAAUGUGUAAUAGAAAAACCAAAGAGUCAUGAAUUCAUGAUUCACAAAACAAUAAAAUGUCACAUAUGAGUCGUCUAUUAUCAAAGGUGGCAAUCUGUGCAUUUGGACAAAAAAAUGUUAUUGAUAUGUCAAUACAGAUUGAUUUGAAUAUAAUCGUCUCCUUCAAAGAAUACGGUUCAAAACCUGCAUUAAAUAAAGGUUAAUACUUAACCUGUUAUUUAUCUAAGAUGUCGUUCAGAAGAGUUUUGUGACUGCCAAUGGAAUACAAAGUCAAUAAUUCGUUUUUCUGAUUUACCAAUAAUUGUCCAAAAGUCACAUUGCCGGCUUUGAUAAUAGUCGACUCAUAUAUAGAAUAUUGAAUAAUCUUAGCUGUAAAAUUUCAUCAUGGAGUAAAUAAAAUUUAAACUUUUACCGAGCGAUCAGCCAUUGAAGUGUCCAGUGCAGCUUAUUGUUAGGUUAAAGAUAAGGGCUAAAUUUAAUUAGCAAAACGAUUUAGAUUUUAGCGUUGGAUCUUAGUGUUACCGAUUAUCGUUGUUACAGGCUGUUGAGAAAAAAAUUACAAAUUUUAUUUUUAAAUUUCGAAAUCUCGCAAUUUUCUUUUAACGUAAAUGUAACGUACCUAUCUUAAGUUUGGGUUUAAUCAAAGUUUUAUUAUUGGUUUUAAGGAAUCUUGUGAACCGGCGUGGGCAGGUAUCACCCUGCCUAUUUCUGCCCUGAAGCAGAGUAAUGCGUAUCGAUUUGAAGGGUGGGGCAGCCUUUGUACUGUAAAAAAUUCGAACUCAUGUCUCAAGGUGGGUGGCGGUAUUUACGUCGCUGAUGUCUAUGGGCUCGGGGAUCACAUAACACCAGGUGGGUCGUAAAAGCAUCCACCCAUCUAAACUUAAAAAACCAAGACCAUAUUUUUUAUAAGUUUUUUUUUUUUUUAAAUAACCUAUUAAAGUUUGUGAACAGCUAAUUAAAUCCUAUGUCAAAAUAUUGAUUAAAUUGUUGGAUCUUUCCUCAACCCUAUUGUUAUUAUACAUACUGUUUUUGCGAAUUUUAUUUCGUGCUUUGCACAAAUAUAAGUUUUUACAUUUCAAUGCUGUGCUUUUUUAAUAAUUUGUACUUUAAUUUGCACAAGUCGUAUAAAUAUAAGUUUUUACAUUUCAAUGCUGUGCUUUUUUAAUAAUUUGUACUUUAAUUUUAAGAACUACAUAUAUGAUUUAAGAGAUUUAAACAUUGAUAUACCUACUUAAAAAUCCAAGACGAUUGGAUUGUUAAUAUAAUGAGCCAAUAUUCUAAAUCUAAGCUAGCUUGAGCUAAUCACUAGUCAAAAUUUUUGUUUGUGAAGAUUAGGUUGGGACCUAUAAAUCUGUCUGCAAAUUUGAGUACCAAAACUAAAAAAUGCUUCAACAAUAUCCACUAUUCCAGAAUUUGCGUUAAUAUCAAUAUCCACUAUUCCAGAAUUUGCGUUCAAAUAAGUUUAUUUUAUAACGUACGUAUUCCUUACGGAAACAUGUUUACAAGAUACACGGUGAACACAUAUUAUUAUGACUAAAUUUGCAAGCAGACUAAAAUGGUGCAAUAUAUCACAAGUUGGUGAAAAAAAAAGAACCUGUCGAAAUAAAAAAAAAUUGGAAAAGAUUGUGAUAAUUCAGACACUAAAUCAUUUGUUGGAAUACUCUACGCAGUACAUUAAAAUAUGUUAAAGAUGUUAUAUGCAUAUGUUAAUGAAUAUGUUACAAUAUAUUAGAUGACGCAAUUUAAAAGGAUCUGUAAAACAGAAGUGUUGCAUUAGACCUUAAUAUUAUAUGUUAUUUUUUCAUAUUCUAUACAUUUUAAAAUAUAAUACAAAGCUUCUAUUAAAA